AUGGCCAGGAGAGGUAAGAGCGUGGUCAGGACGUUGGAAGAUCUGACGCUGGACUCGGGUUAUGGUGGCGCGGCGGACUCGGUCCGCUCCUCCAACUUGUCACUGUGCUGCUCAGAUUCACACCCGGCGUCGUCCUCGUACCCUUAUGGAGGGAGCUGCUGGCCGCAUCUAGCUGACUCCAUGCACAGCAGACACAACAGCUUUGACACUGUCAACACUGCCCUGGUGGAAGACUCCGAGGUGCUGGACUGCGCGGGCCAGCACUGCUCCAGGCUGCUGCCCGACCUCGAGGACGUGCCUUGGACCCUGCCCGAGCUGGAGGCGCUGCUGCUGCUGCGCCCUCGGGAGCCGCGGGCCGGCUUGGCUUCCGCCUGCCUCCCGGUGCCCGCGGCGGGCCCGGGCCUGCCCAAGGAUGCCCUGGCCCGCCUCUCCACGCUGGUGAGCCGGGCGCUGGUGCGGAUCGCCAAGGAGGCGCAGCGGCUGAGCCUGCGCUUCGCCAAGUGCACCAAACACGAGGUCCAGAGCGCCAUGGAGAUCGUACUGUCCUGGAGCCUGGCGGCGCACUGCACCGCUGCUGCGCUCGCUGCGCUCUCCCUCUAUAACAUGAGCAGCGCCGGCGGCGACCGCUUUGGCCGCGGCAAGUCGGCCCGCUGCGGGCUCACCUUCUCGGUGGGCAAGGUAUACCGCUGGAUGGUAGACAGCCGCGUGGCCCUGCGCAUCCAUGAGCACGCAGCCAUCUACCUGACCGCCUGCAUGGAGAGCCUCUUUCGGGACAUCUACGGCCGGGUGCUGGCCGCCGUCGCUGCAGCCCCCCCUGGCCCUGGCCCCGGGCCCGGCCCCAGUCCAGCCGCCACCCGCGAGCGGGAGGCCGGGGCGGGAGCGGGGGCCGGGCCCGGGCCCGGGGCCGGAGGGGCCUGCAGCGCAGGGAGUAGCACUAGCGGGGGCAGCAGCUGCUGCGCACCCCCCGCAGCUGCCGCCGCGGCCGCCGCCGCCGGCCACCACCACGUCCACCACCAUCACCACCACCAUUACCACCAGCCGCAGCACCAUCACCAUGCCCCCCAGGAGCCUCCCAAGUUCACCGUGGAAUCCCUGGAGCAGACAGUGAACAACGACUCGGAGCUCUGGGGGCUGCUGCAGCCCUAUCAGCAUCUCAUCUGCGGGAAGAACGCCCACGGUGUUCUCUGCCUGCCAGAUAGCCUGACCCUUCACCGAGACCCGCAGAGGCCGAACAAGCCUGGAGAGCUGCCCAUGUUCAGCCAGUCAGAGCUAAGGACCAUCGAGCAAUCCUUGCUGGCCACCAGAGUGGGCAGCAUUGCAGAACUGAGUGACCUGGUAUCCAGAGCGAUGCAUCAUCUGCAGCCCCUCCACGCUAAACAGCAUGGCAAUGGUACACCCAUGCACCAGAAGCAGGGGGCAUUGUACUGGGAGCCUGAGGCGCUGUACACCCUCUGCUAUUUCAUGCACUGCCCCCAGAUGGAGUGGGAAAACCCCAACGUGGAACCAUCCAAAGUCACCCUCCAGAUCGAAAGGUAUGAGCCCCCGGCGAUGGCCUUCAUGCACUUUGCAGGAGCUGAGUGUGCGGGAGUGCCGUGGACUCUGCAUACGUGGCUGGAGUCUUUGAGGGUCUCUUUCCAGCAGCAUCGGAGACCACUGAUCCAGUGUUUAUUAAAAGAGUUUAAAUCUAUCCAAGAAGAGGAGUACACAGAGGAGCUCAUUACCCAAGGCCUGCCACUGAUGUUUGAGAUCCUGAAGGCAAGCAAGAAUGAAGUGAUCAGUCAACAGCUAUGUGUCAUCUUCACUCACUGUUACGGACCUUAUCCCAUCCCCAAACUGGUGGAGAUCAAGCGGAAGCAGACGUCUCGUCUAGAUCCUCAUUUUCUCAACAAUAAAGAGAUGUCUGAUGUUACCUUUCUGGUGGAGGGAAGGCCAUUUUACGCACACAAAGUACUGUUGUUUACUGCAUCUCCCAGGUUCAAGGCACUCCUGUCCACCAAGCCAACAAACGACAGCACAUGCAUUGAGAUCAAUUAUGUGAAAUACCCCAUCUUCCAGCUGGUCAUGCAGUAUCUCUACUAUGGUGGUCCAGAGUCACUUCUUAUUAAGAACAAUGAGAUAAUGGAGCUCCUGUCUGCCGCCAAGUUUUUCCAGCUCGAAGCUUUGCAGAGGCAUUGUGAGAUCAUCUGUGCGAAAGGGAUCAACACCGACAACUGUGUGGAUAUAUACAACCAUGCCAAGUUCCUCGGUGUCACAGAGCUCUCGACCUACUGCGAAGGUUACUUCCUCAAGAACAUGAUGGUCCUCAUUGAGAACGAGGCCUUCAAGCAGCUUUUGUACGAUAAAAACGGAGAAGCAUCGGGUCAGGAUGUGCUCCAGGACUUGCAGAGGACGUUGGCAAUCAGGAUACAAUCCAUUCACCUCUCAUCUUCCAAAGGCUCUAUUGUAUAAACCCCCUCGACGAGAGGGCACUUGAACGGGACCUCCCAAGCUCCCUGGCUUCGUCAGCUUCCAAUGAAUACACACAAUUCCAACUGGCAUGUUCUUGUCUG